AUGGCUUCCAAUUCCAAACCCGUUAUCCUUGUCACUGGCGGUAACCAGGGCCUCGGCCACGAAAGUCUCAAAGUCCUGGCCCGAACCAACAAAUACCAGCUGGUCGUCGGCGCCCGCUCUCAGUCCAAGGCCGACGAGGCCGUCAAGGUCAUUGCUUUUGAGACUGGCAAUGCAGACUUAACGCCGGUUGUUAUUGAUCUGGAUAGCGACGAGACCAUCUUCCGUGCCGCUAAAAUGGUCGAAGAGAAAUUCGGCCACCUGGAUAUCCUGGUCAACAAUGCCGGCAUCAACCGCUCACCAAAACCCAAUGCCACUCUCCGUGAGGACCUCCGCGCUGUUUUUGAAACGAAUGUUUUCGGUGUGGCUGUCAUGAAUGAGACCUUUCUCCCGCUGAUCCGUAAAUCAACUUAUCCUCAGCGCCGUAUUGUGACGGUUACCAGUGGCCUGGGGAUGUUUGGUGUUGCCCUGACCGAAAGCUCUCCUUACAACGCCUGGAACUACAAAUUUCCUGUAUACCGCAGCAGCAAAGCAGCCGUCAAUAUGAUCUCGGCCGUCGACAUGAUUGCACUCCGGGAGGAAAAUAUCUCGACUGUUCUAGUCGAGCCUGGAUACUGCCGUACGGCUUUUGGAGGGUUCCAAGGGCACAAGGAUGCUGACGAGGGUGGGAAGGUUAUUGCCCGUGCCGCUGUUGAGGGGGAUAACAAAGAUUUGUUCCUGAAGAUUGUCGAUGAUGAGGGCAAACAUGCCGAGUUCGGCUGGUAA